AAGUUAACAUUAUGUGCUUAUAAUAUAAAACUUAUACAGUUGCUUACUGCAGUGCUUAUGCCACAUACAGAGAAAAUAUGAUUCUGAUAUCUCUAAUAGCUAGUGUUUUAAUUUAGAGUGGAUUGUCAACUUUUCAAGAGCUAGGUUUGGUCACAAGUGACUAAGUGAGAGAUAUUUAGUGGCUGAUAGAUUUUACAGCUUCAGCGGUGAGGUUCACAGGAUAUAUACAGAAAUAGUAUAGAUAUCAGAGGUUACUAGCUAUUGUCCAUGACAAUCUUGUUCCACAUAUUGAAUUGCCCACCAGUUCUUCUAGGUAGAGUAAGUAUGAAUAAAACCCCGUACAGAAGAAGAUCAAAUUUAUCUGUAGCUGUACAAAUAUCUUCAGUCUCCAUACAAACUGAUGAUAGUGAAAAUUUAAUUGAAUCCAAGAAAAUUUUGGGGUCAGGUAUGGCUCUAAAAAGAAGUCAGACCCCAAAUUCCCUGCUCAGACAACCAAAUACAAUUGGUGUCAUUGGAGGGGUAUCUGUUUAUUCUACUCUAAUUUUCUUGGAAAAGCUUGUCCGGUGGAGCUCUAAAGAUGGACAAGAAUGUGUACCUUUUGUUGUCUGCAGUGACCCAGCAUUAAGUAAGGAGCUUCCUGUUCUUAGCUCAUUUCAUUCAGUCAAUGAUAGAAAUGCUCAAACCCAAUUCAAUCAUGGCCAUAUAGUUCGGGAUCUGCAGCAAAAAAGGUUGUUUCUUGAGCAAUCUGGAGCUUGUUGCAUAGUCAUGCCAUGCCAUCUAUCACAUGUGUGGCACAGUGAGGUUUCUAAGGGAUGUUCACUACCCUUCCUUCACGUAGGUGACUGUGUUGCCAUGGAGCUCAGCAAAGCAGAUUUGAGGCCACUUGAAGCUGGAAGUAAUGUGCGGAUUGGGGUGCUUGCUACAGGUGCAACUUUAAAGGCUGGUGUUUAUCAGGAAAAACUACAAAGUCAGGGUUUUGAGGUUGUGUUGCCAGACCAAGCAACCAUGCAUCACAUUAUACUUCCAGCAAUUGAAGCAUUUUACAGAAGGGACAUUACAGGGGCUAGGAAUCUUUUAAGAAUUGCUGUCCAAGUUCUUUUGGUGAGAGCUGUGAACACUGUAAUCCUUGCUUCUGAUGAAAUGCAGGGUCUUCUGCCUCAUGAUGAUCCUCUUCUUAAGAAAUGUAUUGACCCCAUGGAUGCUUUGGCCAGGUCAACUAUAAGAUGGGCUACAUCUACAGAAAAGGCUGACCUCGAGCCUAGCUCCAUUUAUUACCCUACGACUGAGGAGGUCUCUGCUGCUAUAGGCACACCCAUGGAGGGUUUAUUUGAUGGGGUUGAUGUGGUGGCUAAAGCCAUGGCUUUUGCUUCUGCUGCUGCACAGGGGGCUCCUGCCGAGACCCCCAUCCCUUCCACCGAGCCUAGUCCUAUAGAGGAGGAUGCCCAGACUGAGAGGGUAGUAAAGGAUGGUUCUUCUCUGGUGAUCACUCCUUCAUCUAUUCCUAGUUCUGCCAUUCGUAGGCCCGAUGCAGAUCUGUCUUCUGAUGAGAGAUUUAAGGAAGUUCUUGAGGAUUCUGAUGAUGAGCCUACCAUGAAGAAGAGGGUCUCAGAUUCCGACAAGGAGGACAGUGGUGAGCACGAGACCAAGGCUCUAGAUAUCCCUGAGGAGCCUGAGACUGUAGCAGAUAUCACAAUGCCUACAGCCCCCAUUCCUGCCACACCUGCAACUCCUGUUUCUGCCACACUUGCAGCCCUCACUUCUACAGGUCCUGGUCCAAUUCUUACUGGUGUAACUGCACCCUCUCAGUUUGAGGUAGACAGCAGCUCUGCUACAAUUCCUGAUCCCACGAGCGAGGCUGCAGCUUUCUUCACCCGCUUUGACCAGCCCGAGGUCAACGAUCUUGAUCCUGCGGACUUCUGGGGUACUAGGUCUUCUUAUGUUGAUUUUCAUGACUUCAGGGUUCCUGAGGAAUGCGCUCCCCAUUUGGAGGGAAUCUAUAGGAGCCGUGGAGACUUCAUGCGGGGGUUUCUUUUCGGUCGUUCUGCAAGAGAGCAUUUCUUGAAGUUGUUGGGGAGCGUGAUGAAUGAUAUCGAGCAUAACUCCAUCGAUACCAUUUCUGCUGAGAAGAUCUUGCAGUGGAGAGCCGCAGUUCAGGAGUUGAUUAGAGUGGGCUUUGCUGUGGAGUUCAUGUUGGACCAUUUGCGAGAGAUUGCUCGAGCCUUCUUCAUGAAGAAGGUUCAACCUACUGUGGAUGUUAUAGACACGCGCAUUGAGGCUUUGAAGAAGGAGGUGACAGACUUGGAGGGACGUCGUGAGCGCCUACUUUCUGGUGUUGCUGGACCCAACCGCUUUGGAGAUCAGACCCUUAUUUCUGGACUUUUAUGAGAUCAUGUAGUUCCCCCUUUUGUUUCAUUUCCCUUAUUUCCCUAUCUAGUACACUUUUUAUUUUCUACAGUACUUAUUUGGCAAGUUUGACAUGACUGUCAUAGUUCCCCCUUUGUAAACUAUAAUACUACAUUCGCUACUGCUUUUGCUACAAGUAUUGCUUUGACUAUGAUACAA